AUGCUUAUGUUCCAUAAGCUACCGAGAACUUUAAGGAACCGAGAACUUUUUUCGUUUUUGUUAUGAAAAUAUCAACUAAAUUGAUAUUUUUAAGUGUCGUAGGAUAAGAAAAAGCGCUAUGUCUGGAUCAUGUAGACACGGUCAACAUGAGCACUUUUGUUCUGACGAAGAAGACUUAUCAACUGUUUAUUCGUUAUAUAACAAAAUAGAUAAAGAUAAGUUGCAGUGCUUGAACGAAGCUGUAGAUGGUUCGGGGAAAACAGUAUUUAAAUCGUGGACUGAAAGAUUAGACACAACUAAAUUUGUUGAGAGUGACUGCGAUGAAGAACUCCUUUUUAAUAUUCCAUUUACUGGAAGUAUAAAGUUAAAAAGUUUAUUAGUAAUUGGUGGUGAAGACAACUUUCAUCCUUCUCAAAUGAAACUUUUCAAGAAUCGACCGUAUAUGACAUUUGAUGAUACGUUAUGUGAACCAGAUCAAAUUUUUAAUAUUGUACCAGAUCAUGAAGGAAAUAUUGAGUAUCAUACAAAAGUUGCACGAUUUUCUAAUGUGGAACAUUUAAGUAUUUAUUUCUCCUCAAAUUUUGGAGAAAAUACAACUAAAAUAUAUUAUAUUGGAUUAAAAGGUGACUAUAUGGAAUCCCACAAACACGGUGUAACAAUAUGUAACUAUGAGGCUAAAGCUAACCCAUCUGAUCAUUUAAAAAAUGAAUACGUUGCAGCAGAAUAUUCCGUAAAAUGAAUACGUCGCAGUUGAAUAUUCCGUGAAAUGUGAAAUACGUCGCAGCAGAAUAUUCUGUGAAAUAACUUUUUUUUGUCCUUGGACAAUAUGUAGUAAAAUGUUUUAUCUUGUUUAAUAAUACAAAAUUUUCA